CAUGGAAAAACUUAUCAUUAUUAUUACUUAAUUUCAUUUGUUGCAUUAGAUUUUCCUAGUAUUUUACAUUCUGUGUUUGUUUAUUGCAACAUUCAUUAUUAGUAUUCUGUUUUCUAUAAUUUUAUUUGAAUUUCUCAGGAAUCCACACCCCAGAAGAAGAGGAACAAAAACUUAGUGAUCCUCACUUGGACAACAAUUUUGUCACACAUGUCUCAACAGAAGGCAGAAACAUGUCUGUAUCAAAGUACCUGGAUCAGGACUACGAGGUCCUCCGGAGUCAGUGUCUGAGGGAAAAGAAACUAUUCUGCGAUCCUCAUUUCCCAGCUGUGCCUGAGUCUCUGGGCUUUAAUAAAUUAGGACCCAACUCACACAAGACUAGGGGGGUGGAAUGGAAAAGGCCUGGGGAUUUAUGUCAGAAACCUCAGUUCAUCAUCGCAGGAGCCACACGUGCCGAUGUCUGUCAAGGACAACUGGGUGACUGCUGGCUGAUGGCGGCUAUUGCUGAUCUCACUCUGGACAAAAAAAUUCUCGCUCGUGUGAUUUAUCCUGAACAGAACUUUAAGGAUAAGGAUAAGUAUGCUGGCAUCUUUCACUUUCAGCUCUGGCAGUACGGCCAGUGGGUAGACGUCGUUGUUGACGACAAGAUUCCUACUAUUAAAGGAAAGCUGCUUUUUGUGAAGUCUAAAGAACAAACUGAAUUCUGGAGUGCACUCCUGGAGAAGGCUUAUGCUAAGGUGAAUGGUUGCUAUGAGAAUCUCAUUGGAGGUUUUGCCAGUGAAGCCAAUGAGGAUUUCACAGGAGGAAUUUUAGAGUGGUACAGUCUGAACAAAGCCCCGCUGAACCUGUUUAACAUCAUGGAGAAAGCUCUGUGUCGAGGUUCUCUGCUCAGCACGUACAUUUCUGCCAGCAAUGAUGAAAAAGAACAUAAGACCGCAGAGCAGCUGGUGAAAAGACAUGCCUACUCCAUCACUGCUGCACAGAAGGUGAAAGUGAUUAAGACUGAUAAAGUCGUGGAAUUGCUCCGUCUCAGAAAUCCCUGGGGCCACCUGGAGUGGAACGGUGCCUGGAGUGAUGGCUCCAAAGAGUGGGAUCAAGUCUCACCAGAGGAUAAGGCCAAACUUCAUUACUCAACUGAUGAUGGAGAGUUUUGGAUGACAUAUGCAGAUUACAUUCUGCGUUAUUCAAGGCUAGAGAUUUGCAACUUGACUCCAGACACUCCAAGUGAUGAUCUGAUAUGUUGGAACACUUGCCAGUUCGAGGGCUCCUGGAAAAUAGGCAGUACAGCUGGUGGCUGCCUGAAUUUCCCAGCUACAUUCUGCAAAAACCCACAGUAUCGGGUGAAACUGGACAUCGACAGUCAGGGUGAUAACAAAUGUUCAGCACUUGUGGCACUGAUGCAGAAAGGUGCGCGCCAAGCCAAACAUAAAGGAGUCAAAAACUAUGCCAUUGGCUUCUACAUCUACAAGUAUAAAGGAAAGCAGGGCGUCUGCCUUGGACCUGAAGAUCUGCGUAGACCGGUGGCUCAAAGCGAAUUCGUGCACAUGCGGGAGGUGUGUCAACGCUUCAACCUUCCACUUGAUGAAUACGUCAUCAUUCCAGCCACCAAGGAGUCGAACAAAGAAGCUAAUUUCCUGUUGCGGGUGUUUUCUGAGAAGUAGGCUGCCUGAUAUAUAAUCACUAAAUUUAUCAUUUAACCAAUAAACACGUGCAGAUUAACCAGUAAAUGCACACAAAUUAAUCAAAUAUAUAUACAAAUAGUCAACAAAUUGAUCAAAAUUAACCAAUAAAUAAACGCAAAUCAACUAAUAAAUAUAUGCAAAUUAAUAUCUAUAUAUUUCAUUUCUUUUAUUACACUUUUAUAUUUUUUUUUCAGUUCAUUUGAAAGCAUAUUUCUCAUGAAUUGCAUUAAUUGACAUACUUUUACAAGGUUUUAUAUCAAGCCAAGUCAAGAAGCUUUUAUUGUCAUUAAAACCAUAUAUAGCUGACGCAGCGAAAUGAGACAGCGUUCCUCCAGGAUCAUGGUGCUACAUACAGUAGAACAACACAGAGCUAAGGACUGAUAGUAAGUUGUCCACAUAAAGUGCAACUUGUGCAAACAGUGCAAAAAACUAAUAAGAUUAGACGCGAGAUAAGAUUAGAUUACAAGAACCAAUAAGGUUAGACACGAGAUAAGAUUAGAUUACAAGAACCAAUAAGAUUAGACACGAGAUCAGAUCAGAUUACAAGAACCAAUAAGAUUAGACACUAAGACACUGUGUGCUUUCCUUUAAGUUUUGGUGUUUCUGUAUGUCACUGAAUUUUAGGUGAACUGAUUUUUCUCCCAUUUUCUGGUUUCUGAAUGUUGCUUUAUGGUGUUUGGAUUGUUUUUAGUUUAAAUAAAUAAAAAACCUAAAACUUGA